AAAGCAAAGCACCUCUCCUCCUCCCACACAGAAACAAACAAGAUCCCUCUCCCUGAGAUUCGCUCGCAGCCAGCCAAGAUGACGACUCCAACUCAAGACGUGGAGAUGAAAGACAACCAAACCCCAACCCAAUCCAUCCUCUCAACCACCACAUCAACACUCCACCAUCUGAAGGAGAUUGCUGCUCUGAUCGAUACUGGCUCAUACACCAAAGAAGUCCGCCGUGUUGCUCGCGCCGUUCGCCUCACCGUGGGGCUAAGAGGGAAGCUAACCGCUUCUGUUAUCUCUUCGUUCCUUGACUUCGCCUUGGUUCCUGGAUCUGAGGCUCACGCUCGUCUCUCUUCCUUCGUUCCUAAGAGUGAUGAGGUAGAUAUGGAGGUUGAUACAGCUUCGUCUACUUCCUUGGCUGCAUCCAAGCACUUACCUGUGGAGCUUGAGAUUUACUGUUACUUCAUUGUUCUCCUUUUCCUGAUUGAUCAGAAGAAGUACAACGAGGCAAAAGCUUGCUCUUCAGCUAGCAUUGCUAGGCUCAAGAGCUUGAACAAGAGAACCGUUGAUGUGAUAGCUUCGAGAUUGUAUUUUUACUUUUCUUUGAGUUAUGAGAUGACUGGUGAUCUUUCUGAGAUUCGUGGUACUCUUCUGGCAUUGCACCACUCUGCAACACUGCGCCAUGAUGAGUUGGGUCAGGAAACACUUUUGAAUCUCUUGCUCCGCAACUACCUGCACUACAACCUUUAUGACCAAGCGGAGAAGCUGAGAUCCAAAGCACCCAGAUUUGAGGCACAUUCUAACCAGCAGUUCUGUAGGUACUUGUUUUACCUGGGUAAAAUCAGGACGAUCCAACUCGAGUACACUGAUGCAAAAGAGAGCCUCCUCCAGGCGGCUAGAAAAGCACCCAUCGCUGCUCUCGGCUUCAGAGUCCAAUGCAACAAGUGGGCUAUUCUGGUCCGACUUCUCUUGGGUGAAAUUCCAGAGCGUUCCAUCUUCAUGCAGAAAGGAAUGGACAAGGCUCUUAGGCCAUACUUCGAACUUACAAAUGCUGUGAGGAUUGGUGACUUGGAGCUCUUCAGGAACGUCCAAGAGAAGUUUGCAAAGACAUUCUCUGAGGACAGGACUCACAACCUCAUUGUCAGGCUCCGUCACAACGUGAUCAGGACAGGACUACGCAACAUCAGCAUCUCCUACUCAAGAAUCUCUCUUACAGACGUCGCUCAAAAGCUAAGGCUGAACUCUGCAAACCCUGUCGCAGAUGCAGAAAGCAUUGUCGCUAAAGCCAUAAGAGACGGAGCAAUCGACGCGACCAUCGACCACAACAAGGGUUGGAUGGUCUCAAAGGAAACAGGAGACAUCUACUCCACCAACGAGCCUCAGAACGCGUUUAACUCGAGGAUUGCUUUCUGUCUGAACAUGCACAACGAAGCGGUGAGAGCGUUGAGGUUCCCGCCGAACACUCACAGGGAGAAAGAGAGUGAGGAGAAGAGGAGGGAGAUGAAACAGCAAGAAGAGGAGCUUGCUAAAUACAUGGCUGAGGAAGAUGACGACGAUUUCUAGAUUUGAUACCAAAUGCUAGCGUCUCUUUUGUUAUAUCAAAAUUAUCUGACAUUUUUUCUUCUUGUUAUGCACUUCGGUUCUUUUACUUUAUGAGAAACAGAACUCAAUGUUUUUACUUUUUUUACUUGUGGUCUUUUUUUUUAAGAGCUCAUCCACCUAAGGAUUCUUCAAUUGGUUUAUGAAGAUUCAGUUUCUGUUGUUUUAUUCCAUUUCGGUUUGAGUUAGUCUUCGUAACUAAAGAAUACAGAAAGAAAGUUUUAUACAAAAAUAAAUGUUGCAUAAAUUUUCUUUAACAAAACAUGAAUAUGAAAUACAAUAAGAGCUAAUUAGCUUAAAACAAAUCGUUUUUAAAAUCAACAGACGAAUCCCUGAGGAAGAGUCUUGCCACAAGAGUUGAGAAGCAAAGAGAGAGCAACAGGAAGUUUGACCGGAGCGACUACUCCAAGUAGGGUGGUUUUAAGGGUGGUGCAAAGACAAACAGCAGCUUCAAAAUCAGCCAAACCUUUGACAAGUGAGCAACACUCCUUGCUCGGUGGUGUACCGAUGACCUCAUGAACUAGACCUAACCAGCUCCCACACACUCCAAACUUGAGUGUGUCUCUCGGACAUUUCAUGGUGGAUGAUUUUUUUGUGGGAGGAGGAGGGCAUUGCUUAACGGCAUGACAAAAGGAGAAUGUUAAGUUGAGGAGGAGUAGCAACAAGACGAGAAGCAAUGGAAAAGCUUUUGAAGUAGCCAUUGGUUUGAGUUUGAAGCUAUAGCUACGGGAUAGGCCUUUUAAUUUGCUUUCUCUGGUGGGGCGUUUUAUCAUUGUGCAUGUGGCUACAAUAGUUUGUGUUAUCUCUAGUG